AGCAGCAGAGCAGCAGCAUGAAGCUGUAUUUCUGUGGGAGCGUGCGCGGAGGAAGAGACGACGUGCACGUGUACCAGAGGAUCGUGCACGCGCUGCAGAGAUACGGGAGCGUGCUGAGCGAGCACGUGAGCUACAGCGAGGUCACAGAGAGAGGAGAGGUCGCCACGGCAACAGGAGAACAAUUCAUUCAUGACCGAGACGUGGACUGGCUCCGACAGAGUGAUGUGGUGGUUGCCGAGGUAACUCAGCCGUCUCUGGGCGUCGGCUAUGAACUUGGUCGGGCCGUUGCCAUGGAGAAGAAGAUCUUCUGUCUGUUCAGACCGGCGUCAGGACGCAGUCUGUCGGCGAUGAUUCGCGGCGCAGACAACGCCGAUCUCUUCGUGGUUAAAGAUUACAGCGAAGACGACGUGGAGAACGUUCUGGAAGAGUUCUUCAACAACCUGAAGAGAACCUGAACAACGU